AUGUCGACUCAAUCGCACACCCCGUUACCCCAGGUCGGGAAACUCUUGAGCGUGGUACCUGUCGGUCUCAAGGAAGCAGCCCUCGAUUCCCCGACCUUCCGAGCGACUACCCUCCACUUCUGUGACCAACUCGAGUUCAUUGAGAAAUGGCUUGAUGGGUACGCCAAAGCCGCAGCGAAGCUCUCCUCUGAGCUGGUCGCUCUGGAGGGGGUAGUUAGCAGCUUUCUCUCCUAUUCCACCCGCCCCCUGGUCGUCUCGGAGGCCGUCGUCGAUCAUGACUACACCUUGUUGGCUAUGAGGAGAUGCGGGGAGGGAUCAAAGGAUCUUUGGAAUGGAUUGGUGACAGCGACCAAGAAGAUGGAGUCGCUGAUUGCCGAGCCUAUCCGGGUCUUCAUCCAAGAGGAUUUGCGGCUCUUCAAGGAGAGCCGCCGUGCCCUUGAAAAUGCCCAAAAGCAGUAUGACUACUUACAGGCCCGAUAUGCUUCGCAGUCCAAGUCGAAAGAAGCCUCUGCUUUGAGGGAGGAAGCGUUCCAGCUCCACGAGGCCCGCAAAGCAUACCUGAGAGCAUCCAUGGACUUUUCCGUGCAGGCUCCUCAGGUCCGCAAUGCACUUGAUCGACUUCUGGUCCGAAUCUCCUUUGAUCAAUGGCGGGAGUUCCGAUUAUUCCAUGAUAAUAACAGCUCGACGUUCUCGAAGUGGUCGCAUGAGAUGGACCGAAUUAAGGGUUGGGUCCACGAGAUGGAAGCGAGUGAUCGAUCCGCCAAGCGAGAGCUUUUCACAACGAGGAAACAAAUUGAGGAGGCUGCAGAACUGGUGGCCAGGCCACCUCGUGAGCUCGAGGACUAUUCAAUCUCCACUGUGCCGUACCUCGGCUCUCGCCCUCUGUCGACACUCAACAUGGGCAAAGACACCAGGCCAGAGAAGCAAGGAUGGCUCAACUUGCGAACGUUGUCAGGCCGACCCAGCCGUACGGUUUGGGUGAAGCGUUGGGCUUUCCUGAAACACGGUAUCUUUGGAUGCCUCGUGCAAGGUUCACGUACUGGUGGUGUGGAGGAAAGUGAACGAAUUGGUGUGCUAUUGUGUAGCAUUCGUCCCGCAUUUCAGGAGGAGCGACGGUUCUGCUUCCAAGUGAAGACAAAGAACAAUAGCAUCAUCCUCCAGGCCGAAACCCAGAAGGAGCUAAUGGAGUGGAUUGGCGCAUUCGAAGCCGCCAAACAGAAGGCAUUAGAAAACCCCAGCAGCACGGAUUUGUCGAUAUCUGGGAAGGUGACUGUUCAAGAUCCUGCCUUCUCCAUCUCCCAACCUCCUGCACCGGAAUUCACUGCCGACCCAUCCGAAUCCCUCACUCCGCACCCAAGUGAUGAGCCGUCUCACUCUGAACGGAGCUCGACGCUUCCAGUUCCGGAUCGCGAUGGGCUUGCCAUGCGAAACAGCACGGACGUGAGUAACCGAAAACUCACUGGGUUUGACAUUGAAACUUCUGCGCGUGAGCACGCAAGGGAACAUACGUCACGGAUUAUCCAGAAAUGGGAUCUUCACCGCAAGUCAAACAACGCUGCGCCAGCAUCACCGUCCAUUCCCGGCCCUGCAGGUGGCAUUGCCAGUCUUAUUUCUGCUAGCCAUAACAUUCUUCCCUACGGUAGUGCCGCAGCAGCUAACGCCAAAGAUGCCGAAGGGAACCGAGGUCGAAGCUUGAGCAGUUUGGAGGAAUCUGGAAGCAGCCUUGCCCCUGCUACUCUUGCUAACCCCCCCGCACCUACAAGUAUGAGCAAAGCUGCGGUGGUUGUCAGCAGUGAACGAGGGAUUGGGCUGGGACUUGUUGACAGCACGGGUGGAAUGCCUAGCGGUAUGAUGGCAAACCUGUGGGGUAGCUCGAACUGGGGCUUUAUCAACAACUUCCAGCGAGAGCAACCCCAUAUCAAUGGAGACUACCCAGAAACUGCGUCCGGGGGCCGUCCGGCAUCUGUGAUGAGUGAAUCUGAGAAGCAAUCCAUUGCUGCCCAAAUCGAUCCCCCAGGUGCAUCCGCAGCCCCCGGCUUCCAUCCGGACCGCGUCACAGACAAACAUAUCUAUCCGCAGCAGUUGAAGAUUCAGGAUGCUCAAUUCCGAUUGCUCUUCCCGGAGGUCAGAAGAGAGGAGGCAUUGGUUUUGGUUUUUAGAGCAACAUGGAACCCGAAUGAUCAACAAGAGUUCCCUGGCAGAGCCUAUGUGACAACCCACAACAUCUACUUCUACAGCCACCACUUCGGCCUGGUUUUGAUCACAAGCUCCUCCUUGCACGGCAUCAAAGAGGUAACUGCUGCGUCUGGGCGAGACUGUGACUUCCUCUUUCUUCACACAAUCCCUCCCCUGGGCAGCGAUGUCCCGGGCCGAGUCACAAUCAAAACCUUUCUUGAACCGCUCCGACUGCUCCAGAAGCGUCUGAACUUCCUGAUUCAGGCAUCCAUGGCCGUCGAGCCAAUGACCCUAGAAGGUCUUCUCAAAGAACUAAUCAAGAUGGACACCGGAUCUCCUAUCCGGCCUUCUAGUGCAGAUAGCUGGGAAGACGCCUCAUCAGGAGUUGACACACAGAACGAUCGAAGUCUCGCGGCACAUGGCCGUGGCCAGGACAUACACAUUCCAAUCUACAUUGACAAAGAUCUUGGCACCGACGGCGGCAUGGCUGGCCGCGGCAAAGAUAUUCCGAAAUUCAGACUUCCCACCCAGCCUGUGGAGUACGUGCCUCAGGGUGACCUGGUUCUGGUGACUGAGAAGACUCUCGACGUUAGUCCGAAGGCACUCUUCCAUAUUCUAUUUGGCGAUAAGAGCGCAGUGUGGCAGCUUUUGCUUCAUGAACGAGAAGCUCGAGACAUCAAACAAGGGCCAUGGGCCAGUACAGAGGCACGGCAUCUCAGGCGAGACUUCCAUUAUCAGAUUGAGACGACUGACAUUUUUGGACGAUCUCACGACAACGCAAUCUCGGACUAUCAAAUCAUCGAUGUACUCAAUGAUCACCUCUGUUACGUGAUUACUGAUAAGCGGACCCCGUGGCAUCUCCCUCUCCGUCGCUCAUUCCGACUGGUGAGCAAGGUCGUGAUAACCUUCGUGGCCAAAUCCAAGAGCAAGCUUGCCAUCUAUACCAAGGUCGAAUGGUUAAAAUCGCCCUACGGACUAAAAAAUAUUAUUGACAAGAGAGCGGGCGCCGACUUGGAGCAGGAUGCCUUGGAUCUCAUCGACUUGGUCAGGGACCAAGUGCGUCGCCUGGGUGCGCACAGUCGUACCAAGAAGGCCAUCACGAUUUUCGGCCAUGUUGGCCGCCAGAGCAAUGUGUCCCAGUUCACAGGCGUUGGAGUGAAUCUGAAGUUGGAGUCGCGCAAGCGCACCCAGCGCAACAUGCCGCACCUCCUCAUGGAAACAAUCCUCUCCUUCUUAGAAAGCGCAUUGUCAUUUUUGAUGCAGUCAUCCUUCGGCCUUGCCGGCUGGUCUUUGAAGAUCCUGAAUGCGCACAAGAUCAUCUUGUUAUUGCUGACAACCAGCGCUCUCAUGAACGGUUUCUACACGUCACGAGAUGGCUGGGAUUGGUGGCACCAGCGGAACGCCAGCAAUAUUAUGACCAAACUAGGUGUGCAGCCAGAUUUGGUGAGGAGCAGGGCUAUCUAUAUCCGAGACAUCGACGAAGCAGUCGCCAACUCGACCAUCUGGCCCCAAAACGGAAAUACCAGCACAUGCUUCAGCGCCUUUCAUGAGCAUGCCAUGCGGUACGCCGAGCUCCCCCUCUCUCUUAGUACGUCAAAUCCCCGCGACGCAGUCGCCAAAAGCGCUACCAAGCGCUUCCUGCAAACUCGUGAACGCCUCGGAAUGUACCGACACAACCUUCUGGUUGCCCUGCGCGUGGUCAACACCAUCGAAAAGGAGGUCAUCCAAACCGAGUGGGAGCGAUGGCUGCGCGAGGAAAUGCGCCGCUGUCGCCAGGUCGAGAUCCUUCUUGGAGGAGGCAACCACGCGGAGGGCGACGCAGCCGCACAAGUUGCCCAGGCGGAACGCAUUUUCGCCGAAAAUACUGGCAGCAUCAAGGAGUGGUAUGAGCGGUACUGCUCGAGCUGUCGCGAGGAGCAAGAGCAGGUUCAGAAGAACGACCGGGAAAACCUGUUAGGUUGA